AUUCGACACACUGCUGGAAAAGACAGAUUUUGGGUCGUUAUCUCUCUCACUCGCUUCGCCUCUUCCUCUCCGCUUGUGCUUGCCAGAGAGGAAGUCGUCAUCUUUGUGCGUGCUCGAAACAAAACCAGGCGCAAAACACGAGCGACGCUGACGCACCUUGCAUUGGUUGAAGAAAGGAAAGCAGUUGUACUAAAGACAAUCGUAAUUCGUUAGGAAGAGGAUCAUGUCUAUUUGUUUGCUGAUCAGCAAAAAUGGAAGGCAUAAACCGAUUCAUCUACCUCACCUACAGACAGUUGUCUUGGGUCGGAGUCCAGAAACAACGAUAAAAGACAAAAAAUGUUCCAGGGAGCAAGUUGAGCUCAAGGCUGACUGCAACAAAGGGUAUAUCAGUGUAAAACAACUGGGUGUCAACCCCACUAGUGUGGACUCUGAGGUGGUGGGUAAAGGCAAUCAAGUGGAGAUGAGAUCUGGCCAGCAGCUGCACAUGGUCAAUGAGCUGUACCCUUAUACUGUGUGCUUCAAAGAGGAUCCAUCCAACUCUCAGUCCAGUGUGGGCACCAAGAGGCCCUGUGGGCCUGCCUCAGAGGAGCGGGAGUUUCACAGAGAGCCCCCCGGGCAUAAAGUACCAAGGAAAACAGAGGACUCCACUCAGUGCAAGCAUGGAGGGUCCACCUCCACUAACACACAGUCUGAACCUCAAACAACAGAGAAAACAGAAACUUUAGGAUAUUGGAGCCAAGGAUUGAAAGCCUCAAUGCAAGACCCCAAAAUGCAGGUUUACAAGGAUGACCGAGUAGUUGUUAUCAUGGACAAGUACCCCAAGGCUCACUACCACUGGCUGGUCCUGCCCUGGGAGUCCAUCCCCAGUCUGAAGACACUGCACAGGGGGCACUGUGAUCUGUUGAGGCACAUGAACCAGGUAGCAGACAGGAUUGUACAACAGCAGUGCCCCGAUGCUGGCCUGUUACACUUCCGCCAGGGCUACCACGCCAUCCCCAGUAUGAGCCAUGUCCAUCUACACGUGAUCAGCCAGGACUUUGACUCCCCUUGUUUAAAGAACAAGAAACACUGGAAUUCAUUCACAACCGACUAUUUCAUAGAAUCUCAAGAAGUCAUCCAGAUGCUGGAAAAGGAUGGGAAGGUCACAGUAAAAGAAGGGACAAAUGAGUUGUUGAAACUACCUCUCUGCUGUCACGUGUGUGGCAUGGCACUGUCCACCAUACCACAACUUAAGGAACACCUGAAAUCUCACCCCUAUGGUAGAUUGUGAAACCAUGCAACAAAAAAUAAGUUGGGGGGAUUAUGAUGCUCGUGAGGCAACCACAGUCAAUUUUAUUGCUGCAAAUGCUCAUAAUAGACCAUUCACAACCAAUUGUCAUUUACUUUAAUACAGCUCAAAAACUUGUUUAAAUAGUGUGCAGCAAGUAUGUUUUUUUUGUACAAAUAAGUCUCGAGUGCAUGUCUGAAUAUAAAGCUUGGGGAACAUUUGUUUAUAGUUUUGUUAUAUUUGUGACAAAAAAUAAAAUCUUAACUUGGCCUCAAAGUG